UCAAGCGCUCUGAUGAUGCCGUCGAUGUCCAUACCACCAGGACACGGUAUACAUUCUCGGCGUCGACGCAACGGCGCACUUGCGGCUCUCGGCGCCGCUCGCGUCAUCGCCGUCGGUGCCUAUCGACUAUCCGCGCGCGACCCGUCGCGUCUGCCCGUGGUCGCCGAGGAGCAACGUAGUUUUGCAGUUUCACGCACCGCCGCCGUGUGUGCGACGAUGGAGGUGCAGCGAUUGUGCAAAGCAACCCCCGCUAUUGGCGAUGCUUCGAAAAAUCAAACUCCACCAACACUUCUUUCGAGUCUAAGAAGCGUACUCUUUGUUAUCGGAACUGUGGUCAUCGGUUUCGCCGCCUUCUGCAAUUCUCUGACAUGGCAUUUACAAAGAUUCUGGGGCGCAUCUGGUGACUUCUGGCAAGCUCAGUGGGACAAAAUUUUGGAUAAAUUUGGUGAUGAUCCGGUUACACUAUGGGUUUACGGAUCUUUAGUGUUGACGAUCGCAGUUUACUGGAUCGUCGGUGGAAUUUACACGAUCCUAGAUCUCACCAACCUACCAGGAGCGUUGCGUAGAUACAAAAUACAGCCGGGCACGAACGAGCCAGUGGACAAAAGGAAGUUAUGCAAAGUGAUCGCUCAAGUACUAUUCAAUCAGAUCGUCGUCGGUUUACCCAUUAUGUACCUCGGCUAUUACUUCAUGGAAUGGCGCGGUUACCCCCCGGUGCGCGAGCUACCGACCUUCCACUGGGUGCUCGCCGAGAUUGCGAUUCACAUAUUAUGCGAGGAGAUUGGCUUUUAUUACUCGCACAGAUUUCUUCAUCAGCGCUCCCUAUACAAAUGGAUACAUAAGCAGCAUCACGAAUGGACUGCGCCAAUAGCUGUCACUGCUUUGUAUUGUCAUCCUUUGGAAAAUAUCGGUUCAAAUUUACUUCCACCCUUCUUGGGCGUAUUCAUCAUGGGCUCUCAUGUGGCCACCGCCUGGAUUUGGUUUUCGCUGGCGAUUCUUUCAACGUUGAAUGCACACUCCGGAUAUCACUUACCGUUCUUCCCGUCGCCAGAAGCACAUGACUUCCAUCACUUAAAGUUCAACCAAUGCUACGGUGUACUUGGUGUUUUAGACCGCAUUCAUGGUACCGACACGCAAUUUCGCAAUUCACGGAAUUACACGCGUCAUAUAAUGAUGCUUAGUGUCAUACCGCCCAGAGAGGCUUUCCCAGAUGAGUUCGACCUUGGCGCCAUUCGUACUUUUCUAUAAUAUUUAUAAUAUUCCCAGCAAAUAAAAAUAAAUUAAAAUAAAUUGAAAAUUGCAAUUUAUUUUAAUUUAUCCGACUUCGCGCUUUAGAGUGUCCGAGUAUUUUUGGAUUCAAAUGGACUCAAAUGGAUUGAAAUACCAAAUGCGCUAUUCAUUAUUUUAACUUCGGAUUGAUUCAUGUCAUUAUAUUAUUUUUUUAUUCAAAUGAAAUGAAGUAUGAAAUAUACUAUUCAUUAAUUUGAUUUCGGAUGGAAUCACGUCCCCAUUAUAUUUUUGGAUUCAAAUAGGUUCGAAAAAUCUGAAGCGCGAAUUCGAAAAUGUCAAAAUGAAUUAAUUUCUAUCUAAUUCAUUUUCAUUUGCUGGGUUAUUGUUAAAAAAAUAUGUAUUAUAUUUAAUCUGUAUAUCCAUGCACAAGUUCUUACAUUAAAUUUAAUAGCGUCAUAUAUAUAUUGUACACUCCUGAAGUUUCUUCAAUAUAACCGAAGAUGAUAAGAUAAUUGAUAAAUUUACUUUUUUAAUAAUGAUGGAAAAAAGUCAAAAAUAAAAAUUAAACAUUUAUUAUUAUCGCAAUCAUUUUAUAUUCUUAUUCUAAUUGAUAUUUAAAAUAUUGUAUUACUUUAGUAAUACUUUCGAAUAUAUUACAUUAUAAUAAAAGCUCCACCCUCCCCCCAGGAUAAAUAACAUUUCAAAUGUGAAAAAUUACUAUUUUUAUAUUUAGUUUCAUAGCGCAAGCAUUAGCUUGAUUUAGGUUUAAUCUAAGAUGCGAUCUAAAUAACUGUACUUCUUUAAAAUAAGUAUAACUUUUAAGUAGAAUUAGAAAAGGAGAUGUUUAGAGAUUUAGAUUUCUCCUUACACCGAAAAAAAUAUAUUGAAUAUAAUAUUGAUUACUUAGAGAUAGGCGCACAUAUGUUAACACCAAUGAUGUUAUCUGAUAAUGAAUCUUUGUUAUAAAACAUUUUCAUGGCGUUCAGUACGUUUCUUGCAAGAAAGAUCUAUACUUGACAAAACUAAAUCAAAGAAAUAUAUGUCGUCUUAUUUUAUUAUCUGUAAUUAAUCUUAAAUGAUCUUAAAUUGUAUUGAAUAAGGUUUUAUCGCGAAUUACAUUCUUGAAAAUGUAAAGAUUUAAAAGAAAAUAUAUAUGAAAUUAUUACGUUAAAAUUAUUUUAAAUCACUAAAAAUUAAUAAGAAAUAAAUCGAAGAUUAAUAUUUGAAUGCGCAGAUGUGUAAAGCGUGCAUAUGUAAAGCUCUCUUUCUGAAUUGUGAUUACUCGUCGAGUAUAAGGCUCGUAAUUAACAUGUAUCACUAAUUUUACUGAAUUUAUGUACCUAUGUGAUAAGCUUAUUAAUAAAAUCUUUACAAAUAUCA